AUCUUCUUUGUUUUUCAUGGCGGCUGCCGUGCGUGCUUUUUGUUAUGUAAAGUGAGAAAUCCUAAAAUACCGCUAUAAAUCAGUAUCGAACUACUAAAAUUCCAUCAUGCAUCGCUUGCUGGUGGUUAGGAGCAUCGUUCCCAGCAGUUUGCAUCCCUUGACUCUCCCGCGAUAUCCCAGAAUCACACCAAAUUGCUACACCACGAGUCACACAGAGUUUUCUCCUGGUUUCUAUUGGGGACAGCAGAGACCACAUGCAACGACACCUAAUCUUGAUGCUCUCCGGCUGAUCAAGAAGAAGAGAAAGACACGAAAGAAGAAAUUCACGGAACUCCUUCAAGUCACUGAGAGCGCCACAACGGAGACGAAGACAUCGGUGAAGAAAUUGAAGAGCAAGAAAUUGUCAGAGUUUAUCGGGAAAUCUAGUAUUGCUGCUGCGGCUUUGGCGUCAUCUCCAAGUUUGACAUAUUCUAAAUUGAAUUUCACACUGGAAACCCCGGAAAAUCGCAAUGAGGACAUUCCGAUGGUGUUUGUCAGUGAUAAAUUGGGUGUGAAGAAGAUCAAUCAGCUUCCGCCUGAGGUGCUAAACGAGAUCAUCGAGAGCUAUCAGUGCUUCCGGGAGAUGACGGAAGUUGAGGCUAUUGUGCCUCCGAUUGAGGCUUUUCCGGAAGAAAUGGAGCCUCUAGAGGAGGAAGCAAUGGAACACAUAGAGACUAUUUUAGCACCAACAGAAGCCAAGAUCAGCGCAAAGAAGGAGAAAAUGAAGAAGAAGGACAAUUACAAAUCUCGUCUUCACGUGAACUCCGAACAGGAACAAUUGGCAAAGCAAAAGUGUCUCUUCACCAACAUGAGUGCCUAUCUUGAGUUGUGCAUCUCCAGCGGGAUGCUCAACAGAGGACUAUCGACGUUCCUAAACUACAGAAAUCGAUGGAAGAAAUGCAACAUCAUGAAUCACUACGACAUCCGGCUGUAUAACAUUCUUCUGCAGGGAUACGCUGAGUCGGGAAAUCUGGGGAAAGUCAAGGAGAUCAUUCAAAUUAUAAAGGCUGAUGAAGUGACAAUGAUCCCGCAAACCUUCGCUUUGGUCAUUGAGUGCAUUGGACGGCAGGAGCCGAAUUUGGAGAACACAAGACUCCUUCAGAAGUACCUCAAGGAGGCAAGUGAUCAAGAAAUAUCGCUUAAUGACAUCAUGGACAAGAGCAAGUUUGUCUCUGAUCAGAGGGAAAUCGUUUUGGACACAAUUCACCGUCUCGAACCUGGAUUUACGCCAUCCUACACGCCACCAGAACUGACCUACAGCAACAAUUUGCUCAAUUCACUGAAUGAAAACAUCCAGGAAAUUGAGAGAAAACCAAAAGUGCCUGAAGAGAGGAUGAAUGAGGCUAAAGAGCUGUUGAAGGAGCAAAUGAAGAUUGAAAUGAAGGGUUAUUUGACCGUGAAGAGCAUUGAGAAGUUUGCCGAACCCACGCCUUUAGUCUUGCACUACAGAACCAAACUGAGUGAGUUGCAGAAAAUUUGGAGAACCCAGAUAAUUGCAGCCUUCAACAGGGAUUUGAACACCAUUCGUGCCCAGACGCAGUGCAAAUUCAACAAGAGCAUCAAUCUGUUCCCGUACUUGAAGGUGCUGGACACUGGACAGUAUGCGGAUAUUCUCUUGCGCGAGAUUCGCACGUUGGCUGAGGGAUCUGAGACGUACAGUCCGACUGUGGGGCAAUUGUACAGAGAGCUGGGCGCAAAGGUGCAAAUGCGAUACUAUCUGGAGAGGAUGAAGAAUAUUGGAUUGCUGCAGAAGACCAGCGAUAUCUACCUGGACUACCUGAUGGCGCAGAAAAGUGAGCAGGAAGGCAGUGAUAAUCACCGGCAAUUGUGGCAAAAAUUGGUCUUCAGUGCUUGCAAUGAGGGUCCGAAUAUGGAUUAUCUGAAUCAGCCGUGGUCAACGAACAUCACGUCGGCAAUUGGGAAAUUUCUGUACAACAUCCUCAUGAGGGAUGUGAAGAUUGACCUGAAUGUGAUGAAAUUGAAUGGCAAGGGUCAGAAUCUCUCGCCAGCCUUCUUCACGCUGUACAGAAGUCAAGGGCGUCACAUGAAAGAGGAGGUGAAGCCACAUCCAGUGCUGUCUAAGCUAUUUCGCGGUUCUCAGCAAGAAACUCUGACGUUCGACACAAAUCUCGUGCCAAUGGUGUGUCCGCCACAGCCUUGGAGCACUCCAAAUCAGGGCGGAUAUUUGGUCACGAAGAGCGACUUGAUAAGAUUACCGCAUCAGGCGCAUCAACAGUGGUCGAGAAUCAACGAAUCGUCACCCAAAGAUAUCUAUCCCGCGCUAGACAGUCUCAAUCAGCUUGCUUCUGUGCCGUGGAGUGUAAAUGGAGCGGUUUUGGAUGUCGUUCUCGAGGUGUUCAAUAACGGCGGAAGUGAAAAGCUUGACGUGCCACAGCCGCCAUCGGUAUUGCUGCCUCCAGUGACUCUUCCCGAUGACAAGGAUAUGACGAAUGAGAAGAAAUAUCACAUUUACCAUCGGAAGAUGGCACACAAGCGUCGCCAGGCUGAGAUGUACAGUCUGUGGUGUGAUUGCCUCUAUCGCCUGUCCCUGGCCAAUCACUUUCGCGACAGAGCUUUCUGGUUGCCACACAAUAUGGACUUUAGGGGGAGAGUUUACCCGCUGCCGCCACAUCUCAGUCAUAUGGGAUCAGACUUGGCGCGGUCGCUGCUUAUGUUCCACGAGGGGAAACCUCUGGGGCCGGACGGACUGAAUUGGUUGAAGAUUCACUGUAUAAAUCUAACGGGAACGAAGAAGAGGGAUUCAGUGGCGGUUCGCUUAGCGUAUGCCAAUGAGAUCAUCGAGGACAUUCUGGAUUCAGCUGAUAAUCCUCUGAGUGGGAGGAUGUGGUGGGCAAAGUCGGACGAACCGUGGCAGACUUUGGCUUCGUGCAUGGAAAUUGCUAAUGUGAUGAGAUCGGCGGAUCCUGAGGCGUAUGUGAGUCACUUUCCUAUUCAUCAGGAUGGCUCCUGCAAUGGCUUGCAGCACUAUGCUGCCCUUGGGAGAGACAGAGCUGGUGCUGUGAGUGUCAAUCUGGCGUCGUCGGAAACGCCUCAGGAUGUCUACAGCUCAGUGGCGGCACUUGUUGAGGAGGCUCGCGCCAAAGAUGCUGCCAAUGGAUUGGAGAUUGCUCGUGUGCUGGAUGGAUUCAUUCGGCGCAAGGUUAUCAAGCAAACUGUGAUGACAACAGUGUACGGAGUGACGAGAUAUGGGGCUCGCCUUCAGAUUGCUCGUCAAUUGAAGGACAUUGAGGAGUUCCCGAAGGACUUGGUGUGGCAGGCGUCAUCCUAUCUCACUGUGAAGACCUUUGAGAGUCUCAGGGAGAUGUUCAAGUCCACCAGAGAGAUUCAGGACUGGUUUACACACUGUGCUCGACUUAUAUCCGCUGUGUGCUUCCAGAAUGUCGAGUGGGUGACGCCUCUGGGCUUGCCUGUGGUGCAGCCGUACAAUCGCAUGGAGAGGACGAUAUCGCAGAAGGGCAACAAAGUGGGGGAGAAUUUUCCCAUUGACAUGUAUGAGAAGCCCAACACGAUGAAGCAGAAGAAUGCCUUUCCGCCCAACUUUAUCCACUCCCUGGAUUCCAGCCACAUGAUGCUCACUUCCCUCUACUGCCAACGUGCCGGAUUGACUUUCAUCUCCGUGCACGACUGCUUCUGGACGCACGCGUGCACAGUGCCAACGAUGAAUGUGAUCACGAGAGAGCAAUUUGUGGCUCUGCAUUCGCUGCCUAUUCUCGAGGAUCUCUCGGAAUUUCUCAAGCAGAAGUAUUGCUUCAAAGAAACGGAAUUGAAGAAUGACGGCUCCGUGAAUGAUGCCACAAAGAGAAAACUCAACAGAGUCCUCAAGCUAUUGCCGGGAAAAGGUGACUUCAAUCUGGAGAAUGUGCUGAAAUCUGUUUACUUCUUCAGCUGA